AUGUCGUUCACAGCCACUAGAACGCAGGCUCAGACCUCAGACCCAAUUUCAUUGCAGAUCCCAGGAACUCGCAAGGUUCGCGCUACGAUCAAUUACAUGUCGCGCACGGUGGACAAGCCUUUCACCUCGCACAACCCUGCCGAUGGCAUUCAGAACAACCACGUCUAUGACUCUCCCACAGUCGAGAUCACAGACCUUCGCGGCACCACGCCUGCCGACCGAGAGCGUUCUGGCUUCAACGUGCGUCAGGCUGGCUUCGAGGUCAUCGAGGGCUUCGGUCUGCCGGAAACUGAGAAGGGCUGGGCGGAGCAUAAAUGGGAAGACUCAGAAUGGAUUGAAUCGGUCUACUAUGCCGAUGUGGAUCGAAUCUUCAAGGACAAGCUCGGCGUCACUUCGACUUUCAUCUUUGAUCACACAGUGAGGAAGCGCCGAACGCAGCAAGAGGAACAGUUGCCUGAAACACCAGAUUCGCGCAAGCCCGUUUUCGUGGCUCAUUCGGAUCAGAGUCGAUGGGCGGGCGAGAACCGAGUACUUAAGCACCUUGGACAGGACGUUCUCGACAAAGUCAAGCGUGGUGAGCUGCACGCGCAACUCAUCAACCUUUGGCGACCGCUGAGGGGACAAGCUUGGGACAUGCCCUUGGCGGUGGCGGACAGUCGCACCGUGUCGAGAGGCGAAAACGGCAAACCCAAGGACUGGAUCGAGACAGAGCUCAGGUAUCCAACCUGGACGGGGCAGACGCUGUCCAUCUACUCGAACCCAGAGCAUCGAUGGUACUAUAAGAGUGGCUUGGGUACCGACGAGGCGAUCCUGCUCAAGUGCUAUGAUUCUGUCGACGAGACUAGAACGCCUCACACAGCAUUUGAAGAUCCGACUACGCCCAAGAAUGCUGAGCCUCGCUGGUCGAUUGAGGUCCGCGUUCUCGCCAUCACUGAUCCCAAGUUGAAGCAGCAGCAGUCCUGA